AUGCUAACGUUUCGGUGGGACAUUGUGUUUCGAAAGUUGCGGAAGCAGGACGCCUCCUGGACUACUGCUGUCGGCUAUCACCAAGACCUACGGCCAUCGCCCAAGUCAGAUAUUGCACCUGUGAAAGGCACUUCGAGCCAAAACAUGGCCACGCCCGGUCCCAGACGGCCAAUGGACCUUGAGUCGAUAUCUGAAAUCAAGGGAUCUCGAGCCGGACGUGGAAACGAUUCUCUGAAGUCUUUCUCGUCCGAGCAUUCGCUGACGGAGCACGGCAACUUUCUCGAGCUUUUGACUUAUCUGUUGGAAACUGAGCGCCGACGAGUGAAAGCCGUCGCAGGGAUCGAUCAAGCUCGCCAGAGACUGAAAUUGCUACGGUGUGAUAUGAUGACGGCUACUGCUCAGCAGACGCACGUUGCUAGACGCCAAGCAUUGGUACACAUGCCCGACUCGAUUCACGGCAACGAUAAUGCGAGACUUGCAGCGCGCUUUGCAAGCAUGCUUGAGACCGCAAUAGAGGAUCAAGAGGCGGUCCUAAGUCAACUAUCACUUGUACAGACAGAGUAUGAGAGCGCAUGCCAGGAGUUACAUGAAGGAGAGCCGCGACUGUUCCGAGCGACUCAAGGCUUCCCCCGAAGAGUGCGACGAGAUAGUACGGACGAGCUUGUUGUCACCCGCGAAUAUGCACAAGCGAUCCGAUUUGCCGCAGACUUUGGGCAAGUGUUUCUGCGUCAGUCCCGUGAGCACGCCUGGAUUCGGCCGGGUCAGCAAACACUACCAGUUGCAAAAGGCUGUGACAAGCCCGAACUCCUUGACUGGUACUUACAGACAAUGCUGGAGCAUAACUUCCGCGAGAAGAUGUCCCGAAUGUAUCGGACCAUGGAGCCAUUGCUCGUCGAGCUAGGUGUCAUUCAGCUUGAAGAAGAUAGCGAAGCUGAAGAGCAGUCGGUGCGAAAGCACAAUCUCGGCUUGGCACAAGGAUCUGCUGAUAAGCUACGCUUUCAUCUUGCCUCCGCUCGGCGGCAGGUCUACGAUGCCCACCAUUGGCUUUUGAUAGGCCUGAAAGACACAUAUCAGACUGGUCGAGACAAAUUCUUGAUGACAUAUGCGGCAGAGCUGGGGCCAGCGAAUGAUAGCCAUGCCAGUCCAGCAGAUGCAUACGAUCGCGAGUACAUGCGGAAGUUCCAAGAAGCGAACAAGGCAGUAACGCGAGCUGAUGCUGAGUAUAUCAGACUGCGAAAUCAAGCUUUGGAGGAUCGAGUGGCCGAUCCCGGGGAGACUGAUCUGUUGGGAAUCUUAGAUCACGCAGAAGAUGCUUUCACCGACAGUGAGAAGUCGCUGGCUCGAAAAGACAGGAAGUUCGCAAGCGCUGCGAGAGCUCCGGGCAUUCAUGCUUGGCUAAGGACGGCCCACGGCGGUGGCUAUCGUGAGAAACAGCCGCCGAGCGAGAUUGCAGCAGUAGACUCGGGCUCAUCUGCUAGGAGUGUCCCAUCCGAAGGCAGCCACGUCGACCAUCAUGAUCUUGUGGACAGAUGGCAAGCAGAAUUGGUCGUAGUUCGCAAGGACCUCGAAAGGCAGAUACAGCAGCUGGAUCCUAAUACGAAGCCACGGCAUUCGCGCUGGUGA